UUGCUGAGUACCUGAACAAACCAGUAUAGAAAGACCUGCUUUGCAUGCUUCUUCCUGCAAAACGUUAUAUGUCAGAUCCCGGGGGAUAGACCUGAGUACACCUUCUGCACUGAGGACUUCAUUACAGCUUUGUCUGCAAUCAUUUUAACGUUUCUGGUAAAAAGUGGUACAUGUGACUGGCAUGGCAGAAUUUUGUGCAGAAACAAGGCAAACCUUGCUCUGCUCUCAUGGACUUCUAAGAUUUGGAUCCAUGUGCGUCUUUUAUCACAUUAGUUACUGGGACAAUCAUAUUUAGCACCUACUAAUUGGGAAAUGACUUAAAGCAAUUUUUAUCUCCAGGCAUUUUUUUUUUUUUUUUUUUUUACCUCUGCCUUUUAUCACUUUUCACUUGGGAAAAAUUGAAAGAUAGCCCAUGCCAAAAUUUAUUUAUUUAUUUAUUUUGCAAGAUCUCUGUCAAUAAUGUUGCACCGACAGCCCAGCCAUCUCUGAAUGUAGAGUUCGUCAUCCAGUUCAUUAGAGAAUUCAGGCAAUUUUAUGCAGAGCACCAUGAAGAUUUUUGACAGAUUGCAGCCAAAGAAUAUUCCAAAGAAUACCUGCCAAUGGCAUAUUCAGGACCCAGCGAGCCAGGUGCUAACUUGGAACAAACCACCAAAAAGCGUUUUGGUGAUCAAAAAGGUCAGAGAUGCCAGUCUACUGCAGCCUUUUAAAGAGCUCUGUGUUUUCCUCAUUGAGGAAAAGGACAUGAUUGUUUAUGUGGAAAAGAAAGUGCUGGAAGACCCGUCUAUCAUCAAUGAUGAGAACUUCGGACCAGUGAAGAAGAAAUUUUGCACUUUUCGAGAAGAUUAUGAUGACAUCUCCAAUCAGAUUGACUUCAUUAUUUGCCUUGGAGGGGACGGGACCUUACUGUAUGCGUCAUCUCUCUUUCAGGAUAGUGUCCCACCGGUGAUGGCUUUUCAUUUGGGCUCACUGGGUUUCCUCACACCCUUUAGCUUUGACAACUUCCAGACUCAAGUCACUCAGGUUAUAGAAGGUAAUGCAGCCCUUGUGUUACGCAGCAGGCUAAAAGUCAAAGUGGUGAAGGAGCACAAAGAAAAGAAAUUUGUGAUGCAGAACGGGGUGGAGGAAAACGGUCUUAUUAAGCCAGAAAAGGAGUUGGGAAAGCAAACCAAGUAUCAGGUCUUGAAUGAAGUGGUGGUGGACAGAGGGCCAUCUUCAUAUCUCUCCAACGUUGAUGUCUUCCUAGAUGGACACCUCAUAACUACAGUGCAAGGAGAUGGGGUUAUCGUAUCUACACCCACAGGCAGCACUGCAUAUGCUGCUGCAGCAGGAGCAUCCAUGAUCCACCCCAACGUCCCUGCCAUCAUGAUAACCCCCAUUUGUCCUCAUUCCCUCUCUUUCCGACCAAUCGUGGUCCCUGCCGGAGUAGAGUUAAAGAUCAUGUUAUCUCCUGAGGCUCGCAACACUGCAUGGGUAUCAUUUGACGGGAGAAAGAGGCAAGAAAUCUGCCACGGAGACAGUAUUAGCAUCACUACCUCUUGUUACCCAGUCCCUUCCAUCUGCUUCCGGGACCCAAUCAAUGAUUGGUUUGACAGCUUGGCAGAGUGUUUACAUUGGAACGUUCGAAAGAAACAAAACAAUUUCACAUUGGAUGAGGAAGAAUUCUGAAGCUGACCAUGUUUUCAUACUGUGUUGCUUACAGUGGACGAGCCACGCCUGUUUUCUCUUACUCCAGUCUUUCCGAUUCAUGUGCACCCAAUUUAUGGACAAAAGACCAAACCCAGACAGAAGUGCGUUUGGAAAAACCAGCAACUGCAAAGUACUGGUCUACUGAUAACCAGCUUCCUUUAUUUAUCAACUAGCGAUAUCUUUUAAGAUUUAGAAAAAAAACAAAAACUUUAUAUUUGUGUUUUCAUAGAAAAUAAAAUUGAAAAUAUUAACGUUAUUGCUGCCAGAGGUGUUUGCAGUAGGUUGCAGAGCGUUGCGGACUCUCUGAGCACAAACUGGUUAAGUAGAUUUGUUUACAUUUUAUAAUUAAGUGUCUCACAACAGAUAAAUCAUAUAAUGUAUUUUUUGUUGUACUCUUUCUUCAAAAGCCUAUUUUGUGACUUUACAUAUCAAAAGAAUAGGAUAUUAUAGGCUACCAUUUUUACCCUUGUGUCUUUUGUUCAACCCAGCUUCAUAUCAAGAGCAAGGAGAGCCAACGCUAAUUUAGGAGACCAAUAUGAAUAGAAAUCAUACAAUUUGAGUCCGUACUCUAUUUUUCCAUUGGCGUAUCCAUUAGUGAAGCAGGCCGGCCACCUGGACUUUGUGGGUUUUAAAUAAACUUUGUCUCCAAUAUAGUGAAGCUGAUUGAUGUUUUACUGAGGUUUUUGAGCAUUCCAUUAGUGGAAUUUUUAGAGACAUUAGAUCAAUGAUAUCUGACUUUCACACUCGUAUACAAAUGUUUUUGAGAUACAUUGUCCCAUGUGCACUGUAGAAAAAGUAAUUUUUAAGUAUCUGUAGUGCUAACGCUAGCAAUCACCACAUUAGAUUAUUUACAUAGGAAUUUAUUUCACCUGUUUCAUACCUCUUUUAAAACAGUGCUAGGAGGUUGAGUUUGGAUUACAGUUUAUGGAAAAUACCAGUGGGUUAAUGUGUUUUCUUCAAGUAGUAGUUCGGUUAUUUAAAGUAGAUGGCCAAGUAUCUUUGAUCUUGACCCAUUAUUGAACAUCCACUAAAGUACAUUGUUCUUUUGUAUCAUAAAACCAAAUACCCUGCACCUGUGCAAUGUUUCAAAAUAACAAAGUAUUUUCCAGAA